AUGCAAGAAAAGGGGUUAGGCAUGUCCACUCAUAAGAAGGCGCCAACACCAUCUACGACCUAUCGAACGAACAGCAGUAGUAGUUGUCGGGCGACAACACCAACUACAACAUCAACAGGCACUUGUAGGAAUAACAAUUUGGAACAUACAUCAUCAACUGAAAUUCUUCCACGGAGAAAGAAAAAUAGUAAUGUUCCACCAACAAUGACGCUUAUAUCGUCAAAUGAAUCUUCAAAAUUUACAACAAGCCAAAGUGUGUAUAAUUCAUCGCCAACACCAAACGAUUUUAGCGAGUCUCACUCUAAGCUAGCACAACUUGAUUCAGAAGUGCCGACAAAUAAUUUCUCUCCAGAGAACCAUUUAAACAUCACUAUGAAUCGAGAGGAGGAACCAAAUGAUGAAACAACAAGCGACAAUUCUUCCAUCCAAUUAAGCAGCAAUGGAAAUUCACCAACAAGUUCCCGAACAACAACAACACGGGCAUGGUCUCCCAUUAAGAAAGUCGGCGGUACCUUUGAGGAAAAUGUUGCAGCCACACUACAACAAUGCUCUCGUUUCGAAACUUCAUCUCGAAUGGUGAGAGUGCAAGGUCCUUGUGUUGAGGUACCGAGUGACCAUGUUGGUUAUUCGGAAACCCUCCAUAAUUACCGUGCACCUCCAAUUCAGGCCUGGAAUGAGGAGGGAGAAACAAUCAUCAACACCAGUACCCUGUCUGCUGUGGUACUAAUUCCUUCGGUGACGCCCACACCUGAAGAAUUCGAAGAGGGAGAAGAUGAAGUACAUGGUGCGAGAGAUAGUCCUCUUGUAAUUUCCGCAAGAUCAAUAUCACCCAUUCCAAAACGAGUCAAUACAAAUGAAAACACAAUAACUGACACUAACACGAACGAGAAAACUACAGAAACGCGUGAAGAGAUUGGUCAUGAAAACAAUUCGCACGAUCAAGAAAACAUUGAAAACCAACAAAAAGAAGAUGAAAAAGAAUUAAUGUUGUCUUCGAUAGAAUCACUAAGGGCACCAUCAUCGCUAAAUGUGACUCAGCAGCAGACUGCCCCUCAUCAAAACUCUGAAGCACAACAACCGCCACACCAAACGAAUCAAACCAUUGUAAAAACAUUACUCCUCGACGGAACAUCAAUUGAAAACUCUUACUCCCGCAAAAAUCCAUCUCCUACAAUCAGAUCAACAAGCCCUGUAAAACUCAUUCAAGUCCCCAAAAAAAGUCCUGCCAAUAACAACAACACAAGUAAUAUUAAAAAUAGAAACACUCACAGAAAAAAAACGGCAGAGACUCAAUUCAACAGUUCAGAAUCUUCAGAAGAUAACAAUAACGGCCAAAGAGUUUUAGACCUUGACCCCAAAGCAGCGAAAGAACUUGUAAAUAGUGGAGUUGCCUUAAAUCCAGAACUUUCUCAAGAGACUCUGCAGAAACUUGAAUAUUUAUCAGAAAGACAUUUCAUGACAAAUAUUGACCUUACAAAUUUUAGGAAAUCUGGAAUAUCUGCCUCAGCCAAAACGAACCUUCUCAGUGAUGCACAAUUGAAAAAGGCGUUGAGAUCUGCAUUUGAAAUUAAUGACGACUCAUAUGUGGGAGUAAUUACAGAGAUGGCAGACAAGGCCAGCAGCAAUGUAAAUGCACUUGUACAGCUCAUACCUCCAAGUCGAAUUCCAAAAGAAUACCACGUAUAUUCGAACUCACCUAUUUAUGAAGGAUUAGUGAAAGAAGGAAAAUUUGAUUACAAUGAAAAAGGACACUAUUGGGAAAAACUAGUAUUCCCAUCAGCUAAUCCUUCAAAAAGAGUUGAAGUAUAUCUUCUUGCAAAAGCCAUGGAUACCAUGUUAAAAAAGGCCAGAAAAGAGGACAAACAACGAGAUCAAAGUUCUGAAGACUAUUACAAAUCUAUUGUGGAAAAUAUGAACAAAUCUUUUGUUGUACAUUUGCACAGUUUGUUUGAAGUAUCGCGACAAGUUUUUGCAACUUGUGUCGAGAGAGGUGUCAUUCUACAAAGAAUUCAUAGAUAUUUUGAGGAAUUUUUUGAAAUUACCAGAACCUUAUUGCAAGGAGAACGAAAAAAAUCAAAUGAGCUUAAAAUCGUAAUGGAGCAGUAUGAGAAAAUUGUAAAAGAAGUAAAUGAAGAGAAAUCAUCAAUGAAACAAGAACUGGAGAAAAUUUUGGAUAAAACAGCAGCUGUUGUUGCAGAGAAUGAGGAAUAUCAAAAAAAAAUUAGUCUUCUUCCAAAAUAUGAACUAGUCAUGAAUUUACUUCAAAACAAAAAGAAGUGGGAGGACUUUGUGAAUGACUAUGGUGUGCUCGAUGAGGAUUUCUUUGGAGAGGAAGGAAACAAUGACCAUGAAAAACAACAUAAUCGAAAAGAGCACGCACCACGACGAAAAAAAUCAAAAACCGUUGAAGGAAACUCAGUGGAUGGAAAUUAUUCAAGUCAACAAGAAAAAAGCUUUAUGAGAAUGAUGAAACUUUUAUUUACCAACAUUAAGGAUACUGUUUCAAAUGUGCUGGAGUUAUCAACAUAUUUCUCAACGCUAGGAUCUGGUUAUCAAUUACGAACAACAAUAGAAAGCGAGAGGUUGAACAGUACCGAAACCGAUUCUCAAACGGUUGCACAAAAUGUGUUAAACCUGGUUUAUGAUAUUAAUAGUAGAUUGGGAGAAAUACGAAGGGUUGGAAAAAGGCAUCAGGACCUACUCGCCAAAAUCAUUCUUGUUGAGAGUGGAACUCAAACAGAACGUGACCCAAGCAAACGUCCAAUUAAGGUGAAGCUUGUCCCUUUUGAUCUUGAAGAUAGAGUGAAAGUAGUUUUCUUUGAUGCCAGGGAUAAUACUCAAAUUUCUUUUCAUACUCAAGAAUUGCUCCAACGAAAAGAAGAUGUCAUAACAAAUUUACAAGAUCAAAUCAAGCAGUUAAAACAAGAAUUAGCCAAUGAAAGAGCCUACAGUGAAAAGCUUCAAAGCGAAAUACGUGUGAAGAAUGACAUUAUUUUACGAAACGACAUCCAAGUUGAAAUGAAUCAACUCAAAGAGGAUCGACGAAAAAAGGAACUUGAAGAGCAACGCAAACGAGAGCUUGCAAACAGGAAGAAAGAUGUCAACAAGCCACAAGAAAAUAUAUCCAACGCCCAACCUAUCGCUCCAAUUCAAUCCAGUGUCAGUGGCAAUGAUGAACAAUUUUCACCAAGCAGUAGUUCGGCUCAAAAACAAGCAUCCAUUCCAGAACAACCAAUCUCAACAACCUCACUUCCUUCCCAAGAACAGAAACCAAUAGAAGUUGCCAUGCGUGUAAAUAAUAACAGCAGCGAACCUGUCCACUCAAAGUCACCACGCCCUCCAAACUCAUCCAGAACAUCCCAACACAACGAUACAAGAAAAUCACAACAAUUUCCAACGAAGAAUGAUCCAAAAACACCAAACAACAAACCAACUCAAAAAACUAACAAAACUGAUGCUCAGAAAAAUACGGCAGCAGAGCCAAAUGUAAACAGAAAUAACAUUAGUGUAGAUGAAGCUCAUCAUGAUUAUGCUUUAAAUAGCAGUCGAAACCAUGACAAUGAAUUGUACGAAGAUGAAUACAUUGACAAAGAUCUAAAAUCAAACGAUUUGAUGAAUGCCUCAAACAGGGUCACCAACCAAAUUUCAAGCACUAACAAACCCUUACCAUCCUCGAGAACAACCAAGCCUCUCAAUAGUGAUGAAAAGCCAAAAGAAAUCAAAAAGUCCAUCACUAAUUCCUAUGACAAUAGUUCAUCUGCUACAACAAAAACCAAUGUACAACACACAAACCACUCCAAGUUCAAUAAUGAUCAUAAUAAUCCUAAUAAUAACCCUUUGGAAGAAUCGACAGGCAUUGAAAGAGCAUACACAAAAGAAGAGCUCCCUCCAAGGGAGGUCACAAAGCGAACGCCGCGACAAACUAGAUAUGAUGACAAAAGAUUGUCUCCGAGAAAUGUGGUUCCACAAGCAGACUUGGUCAGUAGCUAUGUACAAACGGAUGAAACCAUGUUUUCUGGAGAGAGUAUAAGUAUGGACGAUUUACACGUAAAACCUUACAAUAUUGGCGUUGUAAGAAAAUUGAACCAAGUCGAACAAUACAGGGCCAAGUUGAAACCAAAAAAUCAAAGAAUGAUGGAACUCAUGACCAAACUGAAAAAUCGCGACAAGGAACGAACCAAAUCAUUACCUUGGUUGUUAAAAUUCAUGUAUGGAAUUUAUAAGAGCAAAUUAAUUGCAUUCUUGUCAGACGUAGAGAAGAGGUAUAUCACCAUUCCUGAGUUUAUUUUUGAACAUUUAAAACAUAUUUAUGGCACGAACAAACUUGUGGAUGAAUAUGCUUUGGCUUUAUUAGCCUCAGUCUCAAGAUAUUCUAAAAAGGACAGAAGAGUCGAACUUUUUAGCAAAUUUAUCAAUGAGGACUGGAAUGUAAAUAUUGUAAACUUUUAUUUGAAAGUAUGGAAGGCUUGUGAAGAUUCCAAAGUGGGACCUGAAUUUGGAUAUGGAAGACCUGGUGAUGAUGGAGCUACUCCACAUUAUGUGUCACGAAUUCGAUGUAUGCAUGUUUUGAACAGCUUACGAGGAGAAAUUGCUCCAAUUCUUUCUUCGAUCAUGAGAGAACUCGACAUACGUUGUAUCACAACUGCAGAGGAUGAAUACUAUAGAGCUCUGAAUUUUGCUGGAUAUCGUAUCCAAGAUUUAAAUCCAAUGGAACAGUGGGGUGUGUCUGAAGCAAUUGCACGGCAGAAAAUUUUGAAAGUGGAUUUCUUUUUCAUUGUUUGUGAAGCCAUUGCUAAUUAUAUGAUCUCUACGGGUACUGUAGAUUUACCUUCAUGUGAUAUUUUACCUCAAUUAUAA